AUGAUGCCUUUAUUAAAUCUAGGUCUAUGUACACCUGAUUCCUGCACUGAUUACGAUGUCAGGAAAAUUGUUCAAUUUGUUUACGAAAGUGCUGAACUUGCACUAAAUACGAAGCUUGUCUGCAAUGUAAAAUUUAAAUAUUAA